ACGCAAGCUUAAGAAGGAAAGUGUUGAAGACUCACCAACUCACUGACUUGCGUUGAUGGCGUUGACGAUAAUGACAAUUUAGCUACCAACAACGAUGAAGACAAACUCAAUUGCAGUCGUCUUUGCGUUGGAGCUUCUGUUUAUUUAUUUAUUGUUGAUGUUCGUUGUUGGUUGGUUGCUCGUUUAGUGGUGGCUCAUCAGCUCUGCGGCUCGGUAAAGAAAUUUAGUUGCGCGCUGAACGCGAACGAAAACGAUCGACGGUUAAACGGACGCGGAUUCAACUCGAAAACAACAUAAAAAAGAAGGAAAAAUCCAUACGAAACGUAGUGAAGUAUAAAAUAAAAUAGAAAAAAAAAAAACAAUUACAGAUGUAACAAUCGCAAGCGUUGAUUAGCGCAAAUAUACUUUUAAUGUCUAUGCACACAACGAGCGCAGGAGUGUCAGUCAGUCACUGAUAAUACGAAUACGCCGAUCAGAUGUCAAUAGCCGACAGGCGCCAGCUUGACAUUUUCCAAGUGAAUAAGUGAAAGAGAAUAGUAAAAGUAAAAGUGAAAAAGUUUUGCGCCUGCACGUCAAGGAGCUGCAACUGAAAGCAAUUAAUAAUGUGCAAAUAAUCGCGACUUAUGCUUGAACUCUUAUCGUGCGACUUUGUAUAACUUGAACUCUAAGACCUUUAUACAUAAACCCCACUUAAAGAACAAGAUAUGGAUAAACCACAUAUCGAUAAGCCUUUGGCUGCGAUAGCCCCAAAACCUGGCUCGCCCACCGCCUCCCACGCAUCAUCCGUCGCUUCAAUUGGCAGCGGUUACAAAACGCAUGGCGUACAGAAGUUUUGUUCAAAAAUCCGGCAUAAAAUUGAGGAUAAUAUAGCGCCACGUUUGACGGGCAAACUCUACAAAUCACAGAAGCAUUCUAUAUCGAUGAGUUCGCUCAGUAUUGUAGACUCGACUAGCGGCAAGUAUACGAACAUCAGUAAGCAAUCGACUUUACCCACCCUCCCUCCAAAGACGGAACAACAACAAAUAGGGACGACUUCUGCACAUCGACGUCUCACCGGCAUGCUGAAGCAUCAACGCCAACGCCUCACAAAAUCAACGAAGACGGUCAGUAAGCGUGAAAUCUCUGCGCCGAUUGGUGAGGUUGCAACAAAUUCGGGCAUAAUUUGCCCAGCACUACUUGAAAAGGGUGGUUUGGUGGACGGUGGUCACACGAAGGACCUAAGAACGCAUGCUGGAUCACCCACUGAAGGUGCUAACUAUGUGGAUAGCGAUGAAGAAUAUCAGCAGUUAAGCUUGAAUUUAACGAAACAAUCGUUGGAAGAUGAAAUUUUCGAGGAGCUCGAAAAGGCCGCACACGAUGAAACGAAAUUAAAUGCGGUUUUGAAGAACUUUGAUCGUUUACUAAUCGACUACAAUGAGAAACCAGCUGAAAGCGCAGUGGCAGAGACAGGGCCAUGUGUGGAAUGUGAUGUAGCAGUUGUGGAGGCGGCAGCCGCAGCGCAACUGGAGCUCUUAGCACUUGAGCCGCCGGUCGCAUUCGCCGAUAAUGGUAGCGAGAAGCGAAGUGAAGAAAAUGUGGUAGAAGACAAGGUAGUUUUACUUGAGCUCGCUGAUAACAAGAAAGAAGUUAAGCCAAAUGUAGACGUUAAUCAAACAUCCGCUGGUUUUAUUAAAACACACGUAGACGCAACUGAAGCGUCAAUUACGUUGGAGACUACCAAGCAGCCUGAAAUUAACAAAAGUGUGCAAGAUUCAAACGGAACGCAGAAGUCCAACGAUUUAUAUCCCGCUGAGGAAAUCACUGACACUACCGCUGAGAGUAGCGUCACUAAUACGAACAACGGCGACGACUUAUUGAGAGCGACAUCUAUGAGGAAAAACAGCGUUUGCAGCAGCACUGUUGUUGCAUCAGUUACUGAAGAUUCCAUGACACCACCACAACCGCCCGUGCGUCCCAGGCGCUUGGAGAAAUCCAAGUCAUCCCUGGCUCUACCUAGACGCAAUGUCUAUCAGUCUUCUGACACUCCCACUUUACGCAAUAUACGUUACGCUCUAGCCACGCGUGCACGCUCCAAAUCCGUGUGGGAGUUAACACCCACAACGGCAGCGGCUGCGACAAAUAGCAAGAUACCGGUUUUUAUAGCAUUACCGUUACAAAGACGAAGUAAUAGCUUUUGCAGCGCUUCCUUAACGGAAAUGAUUGACAAGCAGAAGUUGAUCGAUAACAAGAAUUUAACAGCUGUGAAGACUGUUGUGACACAUAAAAGCAAAGAUUCCACCGUUGCACCAACGAACCCACGUCGUCAACUGACUAAGGUUGCCCGUUCCGCAUCUGCGCUUUCGUUGUCAGUUAAAUCACGCUCGCGCUCGCUUUCCACAAACCGAACACAGCAGCCGUUGCAGUCAACUACACAAUUGCCAUCGCAACAUCAAGCGACGUCUGUUCAACGUACCAAACGCAAAUCAUUGUCUGGAGAAAAGUUGACGCGUAGCAAUUCACGCCUGCAAAUGGAGAGAACGAAAUCUUCAAUUGGCUUUAACUCCAGCACACUUGGCACAAACGCGAGUCCGCGGCGCACACCCUCCAGCAAUAGCUUGAGCAGCAGUCAAAGUAGCGGAAGUGUGUCGCGUGUCGCCAACGGUAGCACAACGGCGGCACGCAAGUUGCAACGUAGUCGCGACGAGCUAUUGGACAAGUGCCUGGAGAAGGGUCAUGAAAUUUUGCGCAAAGUGGAAUCGAUAAACACGAAAGUUGGCGUGCGUAAAGCAGCAAUAGCGACGACGCUUAAGACGAGUGGUGGUGGCAAAGCAGCGACGGUGAAGGCGUCGACAACCGGGCAUACGAAACGUGCUGCUACACCGACAACUACAGCCGCGUUGGCCAGCGCACGUACGAAAGUGAAAACAGCUGCCAGCGGUAGUGCAGCAUUGACAGGUAAAAUUACGAAAGAUGCGUGUGAUGGCACUUUGCGCCGCACAACCAGCAACAACACCGCCGCGCUAACUCCUUCACCGGUUACUUCCACGAAACAGUUGAAAUAUGCGAAUGAGGAGAAAGUGCCGCCACCGCAGCUGGAGUUCUGCAAAAUAAUACCACCCGUAUUGGGUGAGACAUCCGAUAAGCACACCGAAUUAUUGGUUAAUGUGGUACAGGCAAAGUUGAAUGCGCCAACCGCCACACAACAGCUGUCGAAACAACAACAGACAGCGGCAAAUAAUACGUUAAUAGAACAGCAAGCUUUUGAAAUAUCAGACGCUUACAAACUAACGCUGCAUACAAAUGCGCCCAUCGAAAAGUUAAUCGAUGCAAAUGCGUCACAUCGUAACAACGAAUCGGAUUCAGACGAUUCAGGACACAUUUCGAAUGAGAAUGAUACAACCAUUCACACCUUAUCCACUUCCACCACCUCCAGCGUGAGUCUGUGUGAAUCCGAUAUUAUUGAGGAGGAGCGUUCCACAUCCCAAGCGGCGUCGCCUGGCAGCAAUGUGUACAAUUCCGAUGCAGCAUUGACCUCUAUGCAAACGAAAACUACUAAAGUAUCGGAACUCCUUCAGAAGUUCGAGCAGCAAUCACAUGCUUCUGCGCAUAUGACUUUCGGCAAGCCAAGCUUGCGUGCGUCUAGCAGCCACCCUAGUAAAGUCUGCACUGCCACACGCGUCGCUCAACUCGAAGCUGUGCAAUGCAUACAAACUCAAGUGGAGUUUUAUCCGACCUACAGCAAAGAGGUAACUAUCCGACUGCUUUAGUGCAGCGAACUCAAUUUUAUGAAGAGAAUUCUUGAAAUGAAAAAGAAGCGCAGCAAAGCGUAAACGAACGCAAUUUUGAAAUAUCCGAAUAAUCCAACCAACAACCAAACAUCCGCCACAUCCUUUAACCCAACAGUAGUCAAGCCCUGCUCUUCUGGUAAUAUUGGUGCAUUUCAAUAUUAAAUAUAAGUAUUUUUUAUAUUUUACUAUAAUUUUUUUCUGGUUUUGGCUACGUAGCGUCCAAAUCCUGUAGUUUUUGCAUUUUUACUAUAUUUUUCCGCAUCUUAUUGUGCAUUACUCUUAACUUUCUUAUAUUAAUUUAUAUUGUUAAAGCAUUUGUUAAUCGCUAUAUAAUAUUUUAUAUUUGUAUUUACUUCAUAAGUAAACUGUCACAAAUGUUUAUCGUUUAUUUUUUAUUUUUAUUUCUUUUGCUCUUAUAAAAUAUUAAAAUAAAUAAUAAA